AUGAAUGACGAGUCGCUCAUCGAGGUCGACGGCCUACUGGUCAAUGAUUUCCUUCGCGAAGAGAACGUGCGGGCUGCGAUGCACUACCGGCCGCGGGAUGAUGACGUGUUCAUUGCUAGCUAUCCAAAAUGCGGUACGACCUGGACCCAGUACAUCGUGUGCAACAUCUUCACCCGUGGCAACGCCCCGAACAACGUGACAGACUUCUUGCUCCAGGCGCCGUACUUCGACUUCAUGGGUGCGGACGCUCCGAGAAAGAUGCCCAGGCCCGGAGCGUUGAUGACGCACCUGCCGUUCAACAUGCGCUGCCACUCCAAUAAGGCUAACAACUGCCGCCAACCUCCUGGUGUGGGCCAGGAGCAUAUAGCCGACCACCCGCACCGCGCACGCCAGUGUUCUGCGCCCGCAACCAAUCAGCAAACCGCCACACUUAAGCCCCAGAAUUGCAAUGAUACACAGAUCGGCACGUAA